CUGUCCUCAAGUUAGGUACUUUGUCGAGACUCGGUCCCCCGGCAUCAUGCCGCAUUACCAGUUACGGCAAGGCGGCCCCCUACCCCCACCGUCCCUGAAGACGUAGGCCCAGCCCCCUGUAGAACAGUGGGGAUCUGUGACCUAUCCGGUCAGCCUAGGUUGGAACCUUUGGUCGUCGCAUCACCUUUGCUCUCCUUCUCCGGUCUGCUUAUCUCCAUCUCUCCCUCUUCCUUCACCUCGAGGAAUUCUGCUACUCAGCAUCAUCAUCAUCACUAUAAUCCUACUCUUCCAUCAUAUCAAACCACAAUGAAGUUCCUACAAACCUCUCUUAUCGCGGCCGCCCUGCCUGCUGCCCUCGUCAGCGGUCGCUUCGUCAUCGAGAACGAGGGCGACAAUGUUCAGCUCGACGAGCCGGCCAAGUACCUCAUCGAGCUGAGCCCUGGCGAGACGCAAUGGGUUACUGAGGAGGACAAGUGGGAUCUUAGACGUAACGGCCAAAACUUCAUGGACAUCACCGACACACAAGAGCUGGGCACUCUCCGCGCUCAGACCCAGAGCCAAGCUUCGGUCGCGUUUCCCGACAAGUGCGUCAAGCAGAAGGAGGUUGGUGAGCUGGCUGGCCACUUGACCAAGGAUGGGAUGCGCAGGAAUCUCGAGAAGCUGACCAGCUUCCACACCCGAUACUACAAGUCCGGCUACGGCCGGCAGUCGUCAGAAUGGGUCUUGGAGAGGAUCAACGGUAUCAUCAAGGAUGCUGGCGCCGAGGACACCGUUACUGCGGAGCACUUCGGCCACUCAUGGCCUCAGAGCUCUGUCAUUGCGAGAAUCCCUGGCAAGACCAACACUACCGUCAUUAUUGGCGCUCACCAGGAUUCCAUCAACCUGUGGCUCCCCUCAAUUCUGGGUGCUCCCGGCGCCGACGACGAUGGAAGUGGCACGGUUACCAUCAUGGAAGUAUUCCACACGCUGCUGAAGGCCAAAGACGUUGUCGGCGGGUCUGCACCCAACACUGUCGAAUUCCACUGGUACAGUGCUGAGGAGGGCGGUCUCCUGGGCAGCCAAGCCAUCUUCCAGUCGUACGAGAAAGAGGGCCGUGACGUCAAGGCCAUGCUCCAGCAGGACAUGACUGGCUUUGUCCAGGGAACCGAGGACGCAGGCAAGCCAGAGAGCGUUGGCGUUAUCACCGACUUUGUUCACCCUGGCCUCACUGCUUUCAUCAAGAAGGUCAUCGAGGAGUACUGCAGCAUUCCCUGGGUGGAGACCAAGUGCGGCUAUGCUUGCUCUGACCACGCCUCUGCGUCAAAGGCCGGUUACCCUUCGGCCUUUGUUAUCGAGUCUGCAUUCGAGAACUCGGACCAACACAUCCACGGUACCGACGAUCUCAUCAAGUAUCUGUCUUUUGACCACAUGCUUGAGCACGCCAAGAUGACUUUGGGCUUGGUCUACGAGCUCGCAUACCACGACUUUUCUUCAAAGGAGGUUGAGGAGCCAUCAGAAUUGUAAAUAAUAUAAUACCAGUACCGACUUGUGCAUGCCUAAAUGGAGGAAAUUGUCCCGUUUGAGCAUUGUUAAGAAUAUAAUUAUUAUACAAGAUCUUGAGAUGAUAAUCUG